ACAACGGGUACACUCGGAAAAGAAAGUCUUGGUUUCACUGGUGACCGCGUUAUGCGUCCUUCGGACAUCGCGUCCCCACACCAGGGUUUCGGAGCGCCUCCCAGUAAGUUAAAACCCCUGAACGCGGUCGUCGCUCUUGCUCUGAGUCCUCUCAUUUCGCCUGUCUCGGCGUCACCUGAAGACUUUCGGUCCCGGUUCCUGAGGCAGGCACCGGCCCCAAGUUUCUGCCUUCGGUCCGUAUAGACGCUGACCUCCUGCAGCGCUGUUUUCCUGCUCUGACUGCCUUUAUCAAACCUCUCUCCGACUCCCGGCUCCCUGCCCGACCUCACCCUCCUCGGCCCGAUUUCGUUCUGUCAAAUCCACAAUCCUGGAGGAUGGAUUACCCUUGACCUCCAAGGAGAGCGGAAGGGGAGUGCUGAGGCAGAAGUUUCUGCAACUAGUGAGGCAUCAAAUAUUGUGCAGGAAGAACGUCAGGUAUUGCAACAAGGCGAGGCCAGUCUGUGGGAGGAGGAAUAGAAAGAGGAGGAAACAAAAUGAUGCACAGAAAAGAGGAAGAAGCGCAGAAAUGGACAGAGGAGACGAGAGACACAGAAGGAUCCAGGGAGACAUACAGAGAAAAAAAGCACACAGCGGUAGAGAAAGCGGGAGUACCCAAACCUAGGCAGAUUCUUUACUGUCUGAGCCACCAAGGAAGCCCAGAUUGUUGGAUGGAUGAGCCUCUUAUUUUACAUCAACCAGUGCUUGGAUGCUGGCUGCCCAGAAUAAUUUUACCUGAGAAAGAAGCUCAGAGGAAGAGGAAAGAAAGAAGGGAUGGCCCUUUCCCAGGGACUAUUUACAUUCAGGGAUGUGGCCAUCGAAUUUUCUCAGGAGGAAUGGGAAUGCCUGGCCCCUUCUCAGAGGGCCUUGUAUAGGGACGUGAUGCUGGAUACCUACAGGAACCUGGUCUCCCUGGGUGAGGAUAACUUCUCUCCGGAAGUUGAUGAUCUUAUAGGAAUCCUUUCUGCUGGAUUUGCAAUUAACAAAUUAUCACCAAGAGAGAACACUAAUGUAGGAGAAUUAUAUGGAAAUGAAAACCGUGGCAUCAAGGAUUUUGACCUCGAGGAAGUAUGUGAAAAUAUGCAGGAGAAUGAGAGUGAGUGGGGAUGUGAUGCAAGAAAUGACAAAGACUUGCUUUUGACCCAUAACAAAAAUCUCAGUCAGAGAGAAGAUCAGUAUAAUAAAUCCUUAAUUAAUUUUCCUCAGAGUGUUUCUACAUAUGAAUAUUUCAUGCAUGACAAGUCAUUCCUAAGAAGUUGGUUAACAAUGAAAAAUAAUAUGAACAUUGCUAGAAACAAAGAUAUAAAGUGUUUAGACAAUAGAACUGGAGCAAGGCUGCAGGCACAGGUGGCUGAACUGCAGAGAUUUACAACUGAGGAGAAAAUGUAUAGAGGCACUCAAGUUGAGAAGUCAGUCAGCAAUGGUUCCUCAGUUUCCCCACUUCAUAGAAUUCCUCUUACUGUGGAAACUACCAUGUUACCCACACAACACAGGAGAACACACACUGAAGAAAAAUCUUACAACUGUAAUGACUGUGGGAAGGCUUUUAGCAAAAGCUCAAACCUCAGAAAUCACAGGAGAAUUCACUCUGGACAGAAACCUUACAAAUGUAAUGUGUGUGGCAAAGCCUUUAACCAGGGUUCUAAUCUCACUACACAUCAGAGAGUGCACACAGGAGAGAAACCAUAUAAAUGUGAUGUCUGUGGCAAGGUCUUCAGUAGAAACUCACACCUUGAAAAUCAUCAGAGGAUGCACACUGGAGAGAAACCUUACAAAUGUAAUGAAUGUGGUAAGGCGUUUAUCCAGUGUUCACUCCUUUGGAGUCAUGAGAAAAUGCACAGUGGUGAGAAACCUUACAAAUGUAAUGAAUGUGGCAAAGCAUUUGCUGAGCGGUCAAGCCUUAACAAACACAAGAAAAUCCAUACUGGAGAGAAACCGUACAAGUGUACUGUGUGUGGCAAAGCCUUUACCAUGAGAUCAAAUCUUACCCAACACGAGACAAUCCAUACUGGAGAGAAACCUUACAAAUGUAGUGAAUGUGGCAGAGCUUUUACCCAAUUUUCACGCCUUAGUCGACAUCAGAAAAUGCACACUGGAGAGAAACCACACAAGUGUAAUGUGUGUGGUAAGGCUUUUAUUGAACUUUCACAACUUUGGGGUCAUGAGAGAAUUCAUACUGGAGAGAAACCACACAAGUGUAAUGUGUGUGGUAAGGCUUUUAUUGAACUUUCACAACUUUGGGGUCAUGAGAGAAUUCAUACUGGAGAGAAACCACACAAGUGUAAUGUGUGUGGCAAGGGAUUUACCCAACGUUCAAGCCGUUUGGCACAUCAGAGAAUUCAUACAGGAGAAAAAUCUUACAAAUGUAAAGACUGUGAUAAGGCCUUUAUCCAACGUUCCCAACUUUGGGGUCACGAGAGAACUCACACUGGAGAGAAACCUUACAAAUGUAAUGAGUGUGGCAAAGCUUUCACAAUGCGUUCAUACCUUACUCAACAUAAAACCAUCCAUACUGGAGAGAAACCUUACAAAUGUCAUGAAUGUGGCAGAGCUUAUACCCAAUUUGCAAGCCUCAGUAGGCAUCAAAAAAUGCAUACUGAAAACAGACAUAAAUCCAACACAUGUGGCAGUGCUUUUAUUCAGAACUUGAGCUUUGGGGAUCAUCUGACAAUUCAUAGUAGAAAGAAACCUUAAAAUGUAAUGCCUGACACAAAACUUGUGCAAGUAUUCAAGCCCUACUCAGGUUGAGAGACUCCAUCAUGGAGGAGGAGACAUACAGAUAGCCAGUAGGUACAUGAUACGAUGCACAGCAUCACCAAUCAUCAGGGAAAUUCAAGUCAAAACCACAAUGAGAUACCACCUCACACCUGUCAGAAUGGACUGUCAUCGAAAGGACAAGUCACAGUGUUGGUGAAGAUGAAAGAAGGGAACCUCAAGCACUUUUGGUAGGAUUGUAAAUUGGUAGCUACUAUGGCAAACUAUGGCCACUCCUCAAAAAAUUAAAAAUAGAGCUGCCAUAUAAUCCAGCAAUAGCACAUCUAGCUAUUUACCUAGAGAAAACAAAAAUGCUCAUUCAGAAAAUAUA